UUGCAUACGGCCGGCGCGGCGUCGCCAGGCCCCGCUUUCCGCGGUUGCCGCCGCUGGAGAGCGGCGGAGCGGUGGGACCGGAGGGGGGGGAGCCUCACUGGAGGCGGCGUGCGGCGGGACCGGUACCCGUGGCCUCACCCUCGCCGCGGGGCGGGUCAGCCCGGACGGGGCGCGGCGUAGGGGGGAUUUUGUGCAGUGAUUUCAGCUCUUUUAGUAUUUGUCUAGAAGGUUUCCCGCCGCGCGGGAAGCCACCCGAGUAGUGCAAUAGUAGCAGAGGGUGGGUCGCCGCAUGCGUGCUGAGAGGGCAGCGGGGCCGCGGUGGUGCAGGAGGCAGAGGGGCGGCUGCUUCGGUGCGCCCCAUGGCGGCGUCCGCGCAGACCCCGGCGGCACCGCUAACGGCGGAGCAAGCCAAGGCGGUGCUGGCGGAGGUGAUCAAGGCCUUCGGUGCGCCCGAGAACGCGCAGCGCAUGGAGGAGGCGCGGGACAACGCCUGUAACGACAUGGGCAAGAUGCUGCAGUUCCUCCUGCCCGUGGCCACCCAGAUCCAGCAGGACGUGAUCAAAGCCUACGGCUUCAGCAGCGACGGCGAAGGGGUCCUGAAGUUCGCCCGGCUCAUCAAGUCGUACGAGUCGCAGGACCCGGAGAUCGCCGGCAUGUCGGGCAAGCUCAAGGCCAUGUUCCUGCCGCCCAUGACGCUGCCGCCGCACGGCGCCGGCACCGGCGGAGUGGCCACCUCCUGAGCCCAGGGACCGCUUCCCCGGCGGCUGCUCCCUCCCACCGGGAGGUGCUGCCAGCGCCGGGGCUGGAGCAGUCGAACAGGGGAGGCGCUGACCCGACAGGAACGGGGCGUUUUGUGCCUGGUUUGGCCCGCUUUGUGUGUCUGCUCCUGAAUAAAACAUGUCUCGAAAAUGC